AUGAAUCCCUUGAUUGUGACAUACUCUGACUUCACAUCAAGCUCACCUUUUAAAAUAAUGCCCAGAAAAGAGACAAAAAAAUCAUGAACAAGUAAACGUAAACUGCCUAAAGAGAAAAAAGUAGUUAUGCCUAUCGUUCUCUAUUCUCCUAAAGAUAAAUUUUCAACUAGACCCUUAUGCAUUAUGGAUGUCAAUCCUCCACAUCCUCCGACACCUCAAAAAAAUGUUCGCCCAUGCUCAGCUAUUCCUAAGAAAUCUCCUCUGCCAGCAGAAAAUGCCAAUUCUGAAGUUAGAUGGCAAUUUGAGCCUUUGACUCAUCAUCGAGAAGAGUGGUUGUUUCGAAAUAAUAAGCCUGAGUCUCAUUUUACUCCAAAACAAGUUAAUAAAAAAAUUCCUCUAUCUAGAGAACUGCUCAGCUUAAAAAAUCACAUAAUAAAUCCACAUUUAGAGACAAAGCAAGAUGAAAUUUCAAAAAAUAUAAACAAGAGCUAUGAAGAGAAUGCAUCUGCAAUAAAUCAAGAAAAUGUAUCAGUGAUAAAUGAAUAUAAUGAAAAUAAUGAUAUAACUGAUAAGCUGGAUAAAACUGAUGCAGAGAUAGAGAAUGAUAAAGAAAAUGGGAAGGUAAAUGAGCAAAAUGGUGAGGCUGAGAAUGGUGGGAAAAUUAGUAUCAAAGACAAAAAAGAAGAUGUGAUAGACCAAUACUUCCAGAAGCCUGAUGCUAAAGUUUGGCAUGAAUCUGAGUACCGAAAUCAGUUUAGCCGUAUUAAUACUGCUGAAGCGCUGAUUAAACUACAGAGAUAUUCCACUCAAAAGAAAUCAUUAGACUAA